AUUUCCUCCAUAAAAGCUAAACCCCUCCGAUUUCAUCGUCCGUCUCAUUCACCCAUCCAUUUCCACUUCUUGUUUUCUUCGCUGCAACUUCUUUCCUCUUCUUCCUCAUUCUUCUUCUCCUUGUUCUUCCUCCUCCUCCUCCUCCUCCUCCUCGUCCUCACUCUUUUCAUUUCAUUCUGUUUCUGUUUCUCUCCAUGGUUUUAUGUGACUGAGUUUCUUUUACCGAAAUGGGUUCCGAGGUAGAAGGCAUUCCGAAUCCUCAAGAGUUGGACAAAUUAGCCGAGAAAUCACGCUCCGCUAUAACAUCCACAGAAACGGAUGAAUCAUCGGCGAAAGAGAACGAAGACGUCCUCCCUCGCGUUGAUGUUGUUUCCGCCGAUACUCACGCCAGCAGAUCAGCCGCUACUCACCCUGAAACAACUAUCACUGGCGAAACAGAACGAAUUACCCAACCUCAUUCCGAGAAUUCUCCCCCGUCGACGACCGAAAACGAUGACGUUCGGCCUCGUCUUGACGUUGUUUCGGCCGAUGAUGAAAUUGAUCUCACAAACGAACGAGCUAAGGAUUCGAAUUCUCCACCAUCUACGACUCAAAGCGAUAACGUCCCUCAUGAGCGUGAUCUUGUUUCCGCCGAUAGUGAAAUCAAUUUGAAAAACGAACGAAAGGAGCAUUUGAAUUCGACGGCCCAAAACGACGACGUUGCGGACACCAAUCAUAAUACCAACGGCCAUCUGCUGUUUGUGCUGCCUCAUUCCAAUCUUCCGAAGCCACAAACGCCUCCGGGGAUCGAAAAUCCUCCUUCAGCCAAAAACGAUGACACAACGAGUUUCUCCGUCGUCGACAUGCCGGCCAUCGGAAAGUUCUUCCGGCAGCGUACGGUGGCGAUCGCGAGAGGGAUUUCGUCUUUGAUGGACGAGAACGAUGAGGAGUCGAAGAAGAAGAAUAAACAGAGAGUCAUGGAAUUCAAUCUUUCUGGUCUCAAGGUCGUGGUGAAGGAAAAAACCAGCGACGAGCAGGUAAUGAAAGGAAGAAUAAGCUUCUUCUCGAGGUCGAACUGUAGGGACAGCACGGCGGUGAGGAAGUUCUUUAGAGAGACGGGUCUGAAAUUCGUGGAGAUCAACGUCGAUGUGUACCCGGAGAGAGAGAGUGAGCUGAGGGAGAGGACGGGUACUACAGCGGUGCCGGCGAUAUUCUUCAACGAGAAACUGUUUGGUGGAUUGGUUGCGUUGAAUUCGUUGAGGAAUAGUGGGGUUUUCGAGCAGAAGUUGUGGAAGGAGGUGAUGACCGUGAAGUGUCCCGAUCACGCGCCUGCACCGCCAGUGUACGGUUUCGAUUAUGCAAACGCGGAUGAUCGGACGGACGAGUUGGUGGGAUACGUCAAGGUUCUGAGGCAGAAAUUACCCAUUCAGGACCGUGUGAUGACGAUGAAGAUGAAAAUCAUCCAUAACUGCUUUUCUGCGGCAGAAUUAGUGGAGGUGCUCAUUCGCCACACGGAUUGCGGCCGUGAGAAGGCUGUUGAGAUCGGAAAGCAGUUAUCCAAGAAGCAUUUCAUUCAUCACGUUUUCGGGGAAGAUGAUUUUGAGGAUGGAAACCACUUCUACCGUUUCCUUGAGCACGAACCAUAUAUCACCGGUUGCUUUAAUUUCCGGGCCAUCACAAAUGAUAGUGAACCGAAACCUGCAGUUGCAGUAUGCCAAAGGCUUACCAAGCUUAUGUCUGCCAUCCUCGAAUCUUAUGCUUCUGAUGACAGACGAUAUCUUGACUAUGCAGCCAUUGGCAAAAGCGAAGAAUUUCGCAGGUAUGUAAUUGCGGCCCAGGAUCUUCAACGAAUUAACCUCUUGGAACUAUCAGAAAACGAGAGGCUUGCUUUUUUCAUGAACUUGUACAAUGCCAUGGUCAUCCAUGCUCUUACCAGAGUAGGGUCUCCGCAGACUGUAUUGGACAGGAAUUUCUUCUACUCUGAUUUCCAGUACGUGGUCGGAGGGCUCCCUUAUUGCCUCAAUUCCAUUAAAAACGGUAUCCUCAGAUGUAAUCGGAGGGCACCGUAUUCCUUGCUGAAGACAUUUCGCUCAGGACACAAGCAAUUAGAGUUUGCUCUUGUCAAGAUGAAUCCAUUGAUUCACUUUGGAAUUUGUAGCGGUACAAAGUCGAGCCCAAAGGUAAGGUUCUUUUCAACCCAUGGAGUUGUAGAAGAACUAAGACGCGCUACAAGAGAAUUCUUUGAAGAAGGUGGUGCAGAAGUGGAUCUGGAGAAGAGGACUGUUUAUCUCACACGUAUUAUCAAGUGGUAUGAUAUGGAUUUUGGACAAGGGAAAGACAUUCUGAAGUGGGCAAUUCACUACUUGGAUGCAACUAAAGCAGGCUUCUUGACACAUAUCUUAGGUGAUGGUGGGCCUGUUCGCAUCUCAUAUCAAAACUAUGAUUGGUCAAUAAAUUCUUGACAAAUAGGGUACACUCAUUUGAAUCAGCUUUUUAAAGCUUCCUGAAUUUAUCGAGUGUUUAUUGUCCCAGAUUUUGAAAUGUUGAUCACAGUCCAAAUAGAGAUACUUCAGAUUUUUUAUUUUUAGCCCAACAGAGAUACUUUAGAAUUCAGAAUCAAUACGAUAGCAAAAUAGAAAGUUAUUUAGAUUGUUUCUGUAUUCUUCUUUUCAUAGACGUGUACAUCCGUGGCGUCUAAUUGUAUAGUGACAUACCAAGUGUUUGGGUCGACAAAUGCCUUCUUCUUUGGCACUA